UCAUUCAGGCAGAAUAUUGUGAUAACCUGGAUUACCGACCGCAUACCGACGAACAGAUUCAGCGUUAGGAGUUUAGAUUUAACAAGUCUUUAGAACACCAUAUCAUCCCGAACUUUCUCAGGUACUCAUAAUAUUAUGUUGUUGAUCUAUUAACUAUUAAGAUGUUUUUCUUUGGUAGUUUUGUUUGAUGGGUAUUACUUUAAUUGCUUGAAUUUGAACUUUUGAAGCUCCUAUGUAUAUUACCAUAUUUAUCUCCCUUUCCUCAGCCAUUUUGAUUAUCUCUGAUGUUUUUUCUUAAGCCUGCCACUGUAUUGUUGCUGAAAUUUCUGCUAGAACAAGUUUUCUCUUCAAAUUUGUACUCAUAGACUGAACCCUGAAGACAACAUCUCAAAUGAUUGAAAUUUCUCUGCUCUCUAGUUUCACUUGCUUUUUCAGUUUUUUUGGGCCAGAAUCAAGCUAAAACCUUUUUUUUUUUUUUUACUUUAUGUUGAUGCAUUAAUUAAACGUUGUCUAGGAUUAUCUGACCUUUGUUAUGAGCCUGGGUAAAGUGUAAUAUUACCAUAUAAUUAUUUACUUCAUUCAUCUCUUUCUAGUUAUAUAAUUGUAUCCAUGUUUUGCUUAUUCUUUGUCUGGUACAUUUGGUAUUGCUUAUACUUCCAUUCUUCAGAUUUCGAAAUGGAAAGUGUGGAAGGUGUAGAGAAAAGAGUGUCUAAUAAUAUGGCAGACGAAAUAAAGGAAAGUCGUGAUGAAAUGCUUUCUCGGCACAGGAAGGAGAUCUCGAAACUGCAGGACAAAGAAAUAGCAAUGAAGAAGGGGGCAGCUAAGGGCAGUAAGGCUGAACAGAAAGCCAAGAAGAAGCAAGUGGAGGAAGAGAUUUCUCAGCUAAUGGAAAAUCUUAAACAACAACAGUCAAACGAGUUAGCUUCUCUAGGAUUUGGAGACAGCAAAGGAAACGAGAAGAAAAAUGUGGACAAUUUGGUGAAGGCCAUAGCCGGGGUUUCCCUAACUCCACAAAUAGACCAUGGUAGUAAGCCCAGCAAAGGCAUGAAAAGACGGGAGAAGAAAGCACAACAAGAAGCAGCAAGAGAACAGAGAAUACAAGAAGAACAGAGCAACAUUGUCAGUGAAAGAACUAUUGAAAAUGAGAAUCUUGAGAGAAAGCUCGAGCCACUUGGAUUGAUGAUAAACGAAAUAAAACCAGACGGACACUGCCUCUACCGAGCUGUAGAAAACCAGCUGAGCUUGAAUUCUUCUUCUGCUUGCACAUUCCAAGAACUUAGAGAAAUGGUGGCUGCUUAUAUGAGGAACCACGCUUCUGAAUUCCUCCCGUUUUUUUCCUCUGAGAAUAUGAAUUGCGAUGAUUCUGAUAGCGAGAGAUUUGAGAAGUACUGUAAGGAAAUCGAGUCGACAGCAGCGUGGGGAGGACAAUUGGAGCUGGAGGCUUUGACCCAUUGCUUGAAGAAACAUAUCAUUGUAUAUUCAGGCUCUUUGCCAGAUGUGGAGAUGGGAAAGGAGUAUAACUAUAGUGAUGGUAUGACCGUCGCCAAUAUUGGAUCUGAUUCGAGUAUAAAGUUGUCAUUCCAUAGGCACGCCUUUGGACUGGGCGAGCACUAUAAUUCUGUCGUCCCGAUCUUAACAUAAUAAUAAUAAUGGAUCCAAAACCGAGUUUAUGCUGUAGUUUGUACUCUCAUAUUUAUGAUAAAUGCUUCUAAUAUCAGUUUUU